AUGGUUAAAAAAGCUCAUCAAUUAGAUAUUUCCAUCAUAGUGACAGAGGGUAUCCAACACAAAAUUGACAGUUUGUAUCAUUCACGCAUUGUCGGAGAGCUUCAUUUGAUAUCUGACCAUGACUAUUCAUCCAUGUACUUGGAGAGUAGUGAACAACUUGCACAAAAAUUGUAUGAAAUUGGUGAAAGUACAGACCAAGAAGCAGACGAAUGGAUGUAUGAAUUGGAAAAUCAAAAGAAAAAGCAAAAGUGGCAAAAGCACAAUCAUGCCUGUCAAUGA